GAGAUCUGUUAUUUUUCAAAUUUGAUAAGAGUGCGUACAUAUUAGAGGUCGCCUCUUUAACAAGAUUAGUGUAUAUAUAUUUGGUAAAGAUCGAUAAAAUCGUGGCUAUUAUUAAUUCACAGGAACAAUUCGCACCACAGACGAUCAGUUGCCGCCAGCUUAGUUAAGGGAGUGUACACACUCGAACGUGACAGACGGUACCACCGUAAGGGCCCACAUGCUCUAGCUCCGCCGUGGUGGGAAUUCUUCAAUUUCAAACUAUUCAAACUUCUCGUGGACAACCACGACACCUCCUACUUCGGGGCAAUUUACGAGUAUGCCCCUCCAUAUCCACAUCAUCAUCACAUCAACUACUACGGCCAGAGGCCCCCACAAUACGUGGUCGCCUUCCGUGGGACCAUCAACAUGCCCGGGAAUAGGAAACAGGAUUUCAAGCUCAACCUCCACGUCAUCAUCAACAACCUCAAACGGAGCACCCGUUUCCAAAUCGGGCUAGAAUCCGUCUGCGACAUAAUCAAACACGUCGGCCCGUCGUCAGGAAGCGUCUGGCUGGCCGGCCAUUCGCUCGGGUCGUCCAUUGCCUUGGUUCUCGGGAGGGAGAUGGUGAAGCAGACGGGCGCCCAUCUCGAAACCUACCUUUUCAACCCUCCGUUUAUCUCUCCACCGGUCGGACGGAUAACGAACGAGACGCUGAAGAUAGGGUUACGGUUUGUGAAUAGUGUCAUCACCGCUGGCUUGGCUCUUGCUUUUAGAGUAGCCGGCGGUCGUCCGAGCUCCAGUAAUGCUGACGAUCAAGAACCCGAUCAGUUUACCGUUUUGUCCUCGUGGGUGCCGUUUUUGUUUGUCAACCCGUUGGACCCGAUUUGCUCCGAAUACGCGGGCUAUUUCAAGCACCGCGAGGAUAUGGAGUUGAUUGGUGCGGGGAGAAUCGCCAAGAUUGCUACGAAGCAUUCGAUAGGCAGCAUUUUGACGAGUUUUACGAGGAAGAAAGAUUCUUCGGAAGCGUUGCAUCUGAUUCCUUCGGCUCAUCUGACGAUUAAUUCGAGCCGGCUGCAGAGCUUUAAGGAGGCUCAUGGGAUUCAACAAUGGUGGAUGAGGGAUUUCCAGUUUGAGUACAAAUUAUAUCAAUACAAUUGA